AUGGCUACACCUGCGUUCAUCAGCAUCCACGGCAAAACCCAGGGCCAUAUCACCAAAGGCGCGUUCACUGCCGACUCGGUCGGCAACGUCUAUGUGGAAGGCCAUGAAGACGAAAUCCUCGCACAGGAAAUCGACCACCAGAUCACCACCCCGACCGACCCGCAAAGCGGCCAGCCGGCCGGCCAGCGCGUACACAAACCGUUGAUCUUCACCAGUUCCCUGAGCAAGGCCUCGCCGAUGCUCUACCAGGCCCUGGCCACCGGCGAAGCCCUGCCGACCGUUGAAGUGAAAUGGUUCCGUACCUCGGUGGACGGCAAACAGGAGCACUUCUUCACCACCAAACUGGAAGACGCCACCGUCGUUGAAAUCCACACCGUCCUGCCCCAUGCCCAGGACAAGGACAACGCCAACUACACCCAGUUGAUCAAGACCAGCCUGUCGUAUCGCAAGAUCAGUUGGAGCCAUGUGGUGGCGGGUACAGAAGCUUCGGAUGACUGGCGCAAACCGGCC